AUGCUGGCAAGUGCCAAAGCUGUCAUCGAAAAGACACGCCCAGCAUUGGAAGAAGCCUUGAGAGAGACAGGCUUCCCCUUGCUGAUCACUGGCCAUAGUCUUGGAGCUGGCACGGCCAUUCUUUGCACAGUGCUGCUAUCAAGGGUUUCGCCCUUGAGUGGAAGUCCGAAGAUGCGAUGUUUUGCCUAUGCACCGCCACCGGUGGUCGGUCCAUUGUCCAACAGCGCCUUGCGUGGUUUGACGAUAUACUCCUUCAUCAAUCGCGCUGAUGUCGUGCCAAGAGCAAGCUUGGCGAAUGUUUUCCAUUUGGGUCUGGAAUGUAUGGCCGUGGACCGCCUGGAGCUUUACCAUCACCGCUUCAACCUGAUGAGACGCGAUGCAGCUCCGGAGAAUGCGGAAGAAACCAAGGCAAAGCAAAGCAUAUUGGAUGCAGUCAAGGAAUGCCAAGAUGAGAGGGCAAGGAAGCACCAUGAGUCAUUUCCUCCAUUAUUUGUCGCUGGACAGGUGUAUUGGAUCGAGUGGCAAGGGCAAGUUGGAAGUGUGGAGGACGUCAAUUUGGAUUCCACUGAGAGGAGACCCAGGAUACACAUGGCCAAAGCCGAGUCAUUCCAGUCACUUCUUCUUCGAGGGGGCACCAAUGCCUUGAAGGAUCAUAUGUGUGGAAGGUACAAAGAAGGCUUGGAAGGUUACAAAGUGCACCUCAAGGCCAGCGGAGGAUGCAACUGCGUAAUUCAGUGA